UGUUUGACAAUCAUUUGGAAACGGCAUAUUUGUAGGCGUCUCUUUUAAACAAGCCUUCGAGGGCUGUAACUACUGCCAUAUUGCCACCGAAGACUUUUCCUCUUACUUUAUUUUACUCUCUCCAAGACGUUUCUGGGGAAAAAAAGUGCACAACAUGAUUCACAGCUUGUUCCUGAUUAACAGCACUGGUGACAUAUUCCUGGAAAAACACUGGAAGAGUGUGAUAAGCCGCUCUGUCUGCGAUUACUUCUUUGAAGCUAGGGAGAAAGCUGGGGAACCGGAGAACGUGCCUCCUGUGCUCUGCACGCCUCAUCACUACCUCAUUAAUAUCUACCGGGAGAAGAUCUUUUUUGUUUCUGUCAUCCAGGCAGAAGUACCCCCCCUCUUUGUUAUUGAAUUUCUUCAUCGUGUUGCUGAGACCUUUCAGGAUUAUUUCGGGGAAUGCUCAGAAGCUAUUAUUAAGGACAAUGUUGUCAUCGUGUAUGAGCUCCUUGAAGAAAUGCUGGAUAAUGGCUUCCCUCUGGCCACAGAGUCCAACAUCCUGAAAGAACUCAUUAAACCUCCCACCAUUUUGCGCUCUAUGGUCAACAGCAUCACAGGCAGCAGUAAUGUUGGUGAGACUCUCCCUACCGGACAACUGUCCACUAUCCCCUGGAGAAGGGCAGCUGUAAAAUACACUAACAACGAGGCCUAUUUUGAUGUGGUGGAGGAAGUUGAUGCCAUCCUGGAUAAAUCCGGAACAACGGUGUUUGCCGAAAUCCAGGGAGUGAUUGAUGCUUGUGUGAAACUCUCAGGAAUGCCUGAUCUUACACUCUCAUUUAUGAACCCCAGACUCCUGGAUGACGUGAGCUUCCAUCCGUGUGUCCGCUUCAAGAGAUGGGAGUCUGAGAGAGUUCUUUCCUUUAUCCCUCCCGACGGAAACUUCCGACUUAUGUCUUAUCACGUGACUGCACAAAAUUUGGUAGCAAUCCCGGUAUAUGUGAGGCAAAAUAUCAGCUUCUUUGAGACUGGAUCCUCUGGGAGGUUGGACAUCACAGUGGGUCCUAAACAGACCAUGGGGAAGACCAUCGAGUGUGUGGGAGUCACAAUACACAUGCCGAAAGUGGUCCUCAGUGCCAAUCUCACUGCAACACAGGGUACAUACACCUACGACCCAGUCACCAAGAUUUUGGUGUGGGACAUCGGCAAACUCAACCAACAAAAGCUGCCAAAUUUAAAAGGAAGCCUGAGCCUGCAGUUAGGCUCUCCAAAACCAGAGGAAAACCCAAGCCUGAACAUUAAUUUCAAGAUUCAACAGUUAGCUAUCUCAGGACUGAAGGUGAAUCGGCUGGACAUGUACGGAGAGAAAUACAAACCAUUUAAAGGUGUUAAAUACAUAACCAAAGCUGGAAAGUUUCAGGUCAGAACUUAACUGUCUGUAAAGUAAACAAAAUCUCAUACAUGAUGAUGGCAGCAAUGUGUUGUUAUAUGUGACAAAUCAUAUUUUAUUGACUGAAUUACUCCAUAUUGCCAAUAUUGUGCUGUGGUGGUGGUGGCUGUUGGGGAGAGAAGUUAAAGAUUGAGCCUUUUACAUGGAUUUCUUUACUUUGACAAAAAAAAAAAUUCCCUUUUCAGUGUUGUGCUCGAUAUUAAUAGCCGUACAUGCUGGAAUAGUUUACAUAUUCAUACCAGAAGGAAGUCUUUUCCCUGUCUGUUGCAUUCUGUUCUCAGUGUUUUUACUGUUCUGUCAUAGGAUAUUUCACUUAAUCAUACUUAAACCUACUUAAGAUAUGGUGGAUAUAUAUUUCCAUUUUUCAUCUCUGCACAUUACAAACAUUUACCAAACAGUUAAGAAAUAUUUCAGUACCCUACCUUUAGUACAAAUUUUAAGUGGCCUUUUGGAAAGAAAGAAAGAAAAAAAAACACUUGAAGAGGCCUUGCUUCAAAUCACAGCUUGAGUAGCUGUGCUGUUACUCCAAAAACACUAUACCCAUCACACACCCUGAGCUUUCACUCAGGAGAGAAAAGAGAGCGGGUGAGGUGUAUUGUUUUAUGUGCAAAGAAGUUGUAAGGAAGUAGUAUAAAUAGUCUGCUACAAUUACUAAUCCAUCUGUGUCACUUGUUAGUAAUUAGCCGGCUUGCAAAUGAGGCAGUGUCGCUCAGAGUUGUGCACAUUCUGAAGGGGUGCAUCUUUUGUAAAGUUUAGAAAUAAAUAAGUUAAUUGCAUUUGAAAAUAUGUAAAUAAACCUAAUGCCUUGACAUUUAUAAACAUUUUGGGAAAUUA